UCGGGCAUCUACGGCUGUUUAGCUGCCGCGGGUCCCGUAAAGAGUCUAAUAAUGAGGAAGGAAUAUUUUUGAGGCCUCGGUGGCGCGUGGCCGUAAUUAGCCUCGCCUCGCCUCGCCUCGCCAGCUUAGCAUCGCGGGCUGCUGCGGGAACAGCCUUUUUCCCUACCGCGAAACACAGUGACGGGCUACAAAGACUCCCUUGCUGCAGCCUUGCAAGCCAGCCAUUGGAUUCUUUCAUUCUAGAGGACAACAUCGCCUAUAGCGUUUGGCAGGAAUUUGGUUGGUUGGUUGGUUGUAGUUUUGGAGGGGGGAACGGGGAAGAAUAUUUCCUUCCGCCAGAAUAGCUCGGAGGAGCAGAUUGCCGCUAGCUGGAAAAUGAGAGCCUGUGUCAAUCUUUGGCAGACGCCCGUUGCCAGCAAGAAUUGCACUUCAGCCUACUAACAGAUGAAUGAACCACAAGUGCUGACGGCUGCUAGAACAAAAGAAAGCGGUUCUGUCAACCCUCACAGCACUUUUCACAUUUCAUAAGGGAUUGUGAGAACGUUGGAGAUGAGGAGCAGAAGCAACUCUGGAGUCCGUCUAGAUGGCUACGCUCGGCUUGUUCAACAGACCAUUUUGAAUCAUCAGAAUCCAGUUACAGGACUACUCUCUGCUAGCACAGAGCAAAAGGAUGCUUGGGUCCGAGAUAAUAUAUACAGCAUUUUGGCUGUCUGGGGCCUAGGUAUGGCCUACAGGAAGAAUGCAGAUCGGGAUGAAGAUAAAGCCAAAGCGUAUGAAUUAGAGCAGAAUGUUGUGAAACUAAUGCGGGGGCUCUUACAAUGUAUGAUGAGACAGGUAGAUAAGGUUGAAAAGUUCAAGCACACACAGAGUACCAAGGAUUGCCUGCAUGCCAAAUAUAACACGGCCACUUGUGGAACAGUAGUUGCAGAUGACAAAUGGGGACAUCUACAAGUAGAUGCAACUUCCCUUUACCUUCUCUUCCUGGCUCAGAUGACAGCGUCAGGAUUGCGUAUUAUAUUCACACUCGAUGAAGUGGCCUUUAUACAGAAUCUUGUAUUUUACAUCGAGGCUGCCUAUAAAGUUGCUGAUUAUGGCAUGUGGGAACGCGGUGAUAAGACAAAUCAGGGCAUUCCUGAGUUGAAUGCAAGCUCUGUAGGAAUGGCAAAAGCUGCUUUGGAAGCAAUUGAUGAGCUGGACCUGUUUGGAGCUGGAGGAGGACAAAAGUCAGUUAUUCAUGUCCUCCCAGAUGAAGUUGAACACUGUCAGUCUAUUCUGUACUCCAUGUUACCGAGGGCAUCCACAUCCAAAGAGAUUGAUGCUGGGCUUUUGUCCAUUAUUUCUUAUCCAGCCUUUGCUGUAGAGGAUAUGAACGUUGUUAAUGCAACGAAAAAUGAAAUUAUCACCAAGCUGCAAGGGCGUUAUGGCUGCUGUCGUUUCCUCCGAGAUGGCUAUAAGACACCAAGAGAGGAUCCAAACAGAUUACAUUAUGAUCCUGCUGAGCUCAAGUUAUUUGAGAACAUAGAAUGUGAAUGGCCUGUAUUCUGGACAUAUUUUUUAAUUGAUGGAGUGUUCAAUGAGGACAGAAUUCAGGUGCAAGAAUACAGAGAAGCCUUGGAAGGGAUCCUUAUUAGAAAAAAGAACGGAAUUCUUCUGAUGCCAGAACUGUAUGCAGUUCCUCCAGAUAAGGUCAGUGAAGAAUAUGAAAAUCCUCACACGGUGGACCGUGUUCCAGCAGGGAAACUUCCUCAUCUUUGGGGCCAGUCAUUAUAUAUUCUUUCUGCCCUCCUAGCAGAGGGAUUUUUGGCUACUGGUGAAAUUGAUCCAUUAAACAGAAGAUUUUCAACAGCUUUUAAGCCUGAUGUGGUUGUUCAAGUAAACGUUCUAGCAGAAACAAAUGAAAUUAAGAAACUCUUACGGCAUCAUGGAAUUAAUGUGCAAAGCAUUGCUGACCUAAGUCCCACCAGAGUGCAGCCAGCUCGGAUUCUGAGUAAUCUUUAUGCCAAGCUUGGGCGUAAUAGGAUCAUGAAGCUGAGUGGGAGACCUUACCGGCAUAUUGGUGUCCUGGGAACAUCAAAACUAUAUAUCAUAAGAGACCAAAUAUUUACUUUUACCCCUCAGUUUACGGACCAGCAUCACUUCUACUUGGCUUUAGACAAUCGGAUGAUUGUGGAGAUGCUACGAACUGAGUUGGCUUACCUCACAUCCUGUUGGAGAAUGACUGGAAGACCAACUCUCACUUUCCCAAUCACCAGUACAAUGCUUGUUGAUGAUGGGACUGAUAUUGAUCCUGCAAUUCUUGCCACCAUAAGAAAGCUUGGAGAUGGAUAUUUUGGAGGAGCAAGGGUGAAGUUGGGCAAACUUUCAGACUUUCUGACCACUUCAUUCUAUACAAACCUAAGCUUCUUGGAUCCUGAUUGUGACAGCAAACUGUUUGAUGAUGAGAAUGAAGGCUACUCUAGUCCUGAAAGUGGCUACGAACUAGAAGAUUAUGCCGACUUUUGUGACAAAGAAAGCCAGGAUGAACUGGACCAGUAUAUAAACAGUAUGUUACAGAGUACGGCUCUGAAAUCACACUUACCUCCACUCACAAAAGGCACUGGUUCAUCCUAUGUGUUCAGUGCUGCUCAUUCUACUAGAGAAAUACUAUCAAUCAUGGCCAAGGCUAAGGGACUGGAUAUUCCAAAUGUUUCAAUGUCUUUGCCUACAAAGGUUUUAAACACACACCGGAAAUCUCUGAACCUUGUUGACUCCCCUCAUCCACAGAUGGACCAGGAACCAAAGGCUGUUCUUCAUUUGCCUAAGGAUGCUCAUGGUGAUUUGGAUUGUGAGAAAUUAGUUGGGCAGCUAACCGAAUGCCCUACCUUACAUGACCAGGCAGAUAUAUUAUACAUCUUGUAUCUAAUAAAAGGUCUUGAUUGGGAAACACAGCUCUAUGGACAGUGUGGAAUCACAGUUCAUUGCCUUCUCAAUGAACUGUACAGCAAAGCAGGCCUAAACCAGGAAUGGGGGCUAAUCCGCUACAUCUCUGGCAUACUAAAAAAGAAAGUUGAAGUCCUGGCUGAGGCCUGCACAGAUCUUUUAUCCCACCAGAAGCAACUUACAGUUGGCCUCCCACCUGAGCCCCGUGAAAAAACAAUUACAGCGCCUUUGCCUCCUGAAAAGCUGACCAAACUAAUAUAUGAAGCCAGUGGUCAGGAUAUCAGCAUUGCAGUCCUUACACAGGAAAUCAUAGUGUAUUUGGCCAUGUAUGUCCGGUCACAACCCAGUCUCUUUGCAGAAAUGCUCAGACUCCGCAUUGGGCUCAUUAUUCAAGUGAUGGCAACAGAACUUGCUCGCAGCUUGAAUUGUUCUGGUGAAGAAGCCUCUGAAAGCUUAAUGAAUCUGAGUCCCUUUGAUAUGAAAAAUCUCCUUCAUCAUAUUCUCAGUGGGAAAGAAUUUGGAGUCGAAAGGAGCAUGCGUCCUCUCGAUUCCUCUACGUCCAGUCCUGCUAUAUCUAUCCAUGAAGUGGAUCACACUGGAGCAACAAAGACCGAAAGAAGUGGCAUUACGAGGCUGAAGAGUGAGAUGAAGCAGAGACAUAGGAGACUAAGUAGUAAUGAACAGUUCUUCUAUGGGGGCCAUUCCACAUCCAGCAGCAUGCACUCAUCCAGGUCCAUGAGAUGCAGUAGCCCAUCUUCUCCUACCAGUACCUCGUCCCUUACUGGUUCAGUUGGACACUCCAUUAGCUGGGGCGACCGACAAGGACAGUGGCUUCGCAGGAGACGGCUCGAUGGUGCCAUUAAUAGAGUCCCUGUGGGUUUCUAUCAGAAAGUGUGGAAGUUUCUUCAGAAGUGUCAUGGUCUGUCCAUUGAUGGGUAUGUCCUUCCAUCUUCAACUACAAGGGAGAUGACUGCUUGUGAAAUUAAGUUUGCUGUCCAUGUGGAAUCAGUGCUGAACCAUGUACCCCAGCCCGAAUACAGACAAUUAUUAGUGGAAGCCAUCCUUGUACUGACCCUGUUGUCAGAAAUAGAUGUGAAUAGCAUUGGGGGCAUAAUUCAUGUGGAUCGGAUUGUGCACAUAGCAAAUGACCUCUUCCUUCAGGAACAGAAAUCCCUCGGAGCAACUGAUGGCUUCUUGGAACAAGAUGUAGUCACGGGUAUCUGUUACUUUUUCUAUGACAGUGCUCCAAGUGGUGCUUAUGGCACCAUGACUUACCUAACGAAAGCGGUAGCGAGUUACCUCCAGGAAUUUUUGCCAAGCACAGGUUGCCUGAUGCAAUAAACUGUCCAAAAUACAAACAUCCAUUCUUAAAGCUUUUCCCCUGGAACCAUAAUUUCGCAAGGCCUCGAUGGCUAGGAAUUCUGGAAGUUGAGUCCCAAUACACCUGGAGACUGCUGGGGAAGGCUAUUCUACAGCUUCUCAUGCUACCUCAACCUUACCUGCAUAAUUUUACCAUUGACGUAAGACAUUGGCCUGGAAGCAAGACCAAAGGCACAAUUCUGUGCAGUUCUCCUGCAGAACAUUGUCUGGAUCACCUUGGACUCAUGUUCCUACAAUUAAUCACUGUAUUUUUGGUGCAGGGAAAAAAAGGCUAAAUUUAAUUUCAAGGGAGGAAAGUAGCUUUCUAACACAAACACACACACACAAACCUGCUGCAGCUCCUGAGUUUUGCAUUGUUGGCUUAAUAUAAGCAUAGAAAUAUUAGAUUUGAAUUGUGAUCAACAUUUCAUUUUUCAUAAUAAAGUGAGUCCUAUUCUUCUGCAUUUAUGAAGAAGAGGAGCUCUAUUAAAACUAGUAUGAACCUAAGCUGAAAUUAAUGGAAAAUAUUACAUGGAGAGGAGUGCCUGUAACAGAGAAGGAAAUGGGCGUUAACAGUUCAUUUGAGAGUAUUGAAGCAGUGAAAUCUAAAAGGUAAUAAUGCAGUGAAAAAAGAUGCAUUUCUAGCCAGCAAACCCAUGGGUAGAAUAUCUGCCUGUAUAUGAUCAUUGGAUGAACAGCUAGAUGUGAUGCUUUAAGACAUAUCUGUUAUUAAUGUUUUACUGGGAGACCGUGAGUUCUAGUCCUGCCUUAGGCACAAACCCAAAUGAGUGACCUUGGGCCAGUCACUAUCUCUCAGCCCUAGGAAGGAGGCAAUGGCAAACUACUUCUGAAAACCUUGGCAAGAAAAUUGCAGGGACUAGUCCAGGUAGUCGUCAAGAGUCAGCAUUGAAUCAAAGGCACAAAGAGAGAAAGAGAAGCAGAAGCUUUCUGGGAAUGCUUGGCUCAUUCUACUGAUUGGUUGUUCACGUGUUGUAAACUGGGUAGAAGACUAGUAAUGGACGUUUUACGUUUUCAAUUUUUUGUAUGGAGGGAGAUCUUAAAGCUGGUUUAAAUUGUUCCUCAGAUGGGCUUCAUGUAUCUGUAAGAGGAUUUAGAAUGUGCAUCAAAAAAUUCCUUGCCACUUGGCAAGUAGCAUAUGAUGUAAAGUUAGAGUAGGAAAUUGUUGUUACAAGUGUGGCCAGGUCCCUUAUACAGAAGAUAAAGCCCAGCAUCUAAAUUACUACUACAUACGAUGUUUAUUUAACUGUUAUCUGUUGCAGUUAGCCGUUCCUGCUUCUAGAUGGAAAGAAUAUUGGGAUCAGUCAUUUUUUUGUUUCAAUCUUUGUACAUUUCCUGCCAUUGUGGGACUUUUAAAAUUCCAUAUAUAAUAGUAGCAAAGAAGAAUACCAAAUGAGCUAAAUUACGGCUGUUGAUUCAUUGUUGGUAAUGUUGGUGACGAGACAUUACUUAUAGGACUACUGCUGUUAGUGAAAGUACUAGUGGAACAUGUUAAAAUAAUUGCUCUGUUAGUUUUUUUAAAAAAAUUAGUGUCUCGUUUAAUUAAGUUACACUCCAAACUUUAAAGCAAGUAGGCGAAAGCCACAUUAAAGAGUGCUAUUCAUAAUUCAGAAUAAAAUGUUUCUAUCUUUAUUUUUAUGCUGUAGUUGUUAACAAAACUGAAGCCAACUGAAUUGAACGCACAGGCACCAUUUUCAUGUAAAAGAUGUUGGACCCAGAGGCAGAAUACAAGGAGUUUGCAAAUGCAGCAUUAUGUAUAUUCAGCUGUAAUUUGUUUUAGAAUUAUAUCCAUGUAACUUAAUUGUGUGAUAAUUCAAAAAUAAAAUGACUCAGAGAAACUGAAAAAAGGUACUUAAAAAUUAAGAGGAAAAGAAUUGUCCUAACUCCUGCCAUAGGAGGAUAAGAAAAAAUGAUUAUAUAAGGAUAUUCUUUAUUGGAAAGGAUACUGUUUGUACAUCUUGGAUAUUCACGAAGUAGAUUUAUUUCUCUUGGAUGUUUCAACAUAAGUAGAAGUUAAGUUUCUGUACCCACAAAUGCUAGAAGUUCUCAAGUGAAACAAUCUCUACUUCAGAAUGUAUUGGAAAAGAGGUAAGAAAAAUGAAUGGUGUUAUUUCCUGAUAUCUGUAAACCUGCUAUCUGAAAGGCAGAUGACUGGGCAAAACGUACUGAUAAAAUGUGGCAGAAGAUCAAAAACUUAAUUGGUCCUGUUAAGUACAAGUUUGGCUAUACUAUCUCUUUUUGUGAGCACAGAAGUCACCAAGAUCCAGUGGAGGUUUCUCAUUAGAGGAAAUAACAGUCACUUUCCCCUGCAGUGCCUUGUCCAUGUUGCUUGUCUUCCUGUCCAGGUAGCUCUUAGGCUUUCCCAAGCAGCUGUUCAAAAGGAACAGGAAACUGCAGGAGAGGAGGAAGACUCUUCAGCCAGCCAAACGUGGCUACUUGGAGCAACCGUCUCUCUCUUGUAAGAUGAUCAUAAACAACAACUAUUAUUAUCACCACCCAAACUCAAACAUUGCAACUCCAGAAAGCAUAUAAUAAACCAAAACCAACAACUAUCCCCAAGAAGGCAUAUAGUAUUUCUAAACAGGAAGAAAUUCUGGUUUUCUGUUUAAAGAACUGAAGGUACUUUAAUAACAAAAGCCUGUUAUAGAUCAUAAUAGUGCUUGUGAAAGGAGCAUGUGUCUUUAUUCUGAUUAAUAUAUGUGUCACUUGAUGGUGUACAUUGUUAUUCUGUUAAUGGAUAAUGUAAUAUAAAAGCCUAAGAUGAACUUUUGUGCUUUCAAAUGUAUCUAUCUUAGGAGUAUAGCCAAUAUUUGUAUGGUGUUGACUGUAAACAGAAUAUUUACAGCUGAGCUGUUCUACUUAGGUUCCUAAAUAAGACCAUUCCCCAAUCUAGAAUUAGCAUUUUAUUAUUCCCUACCGUGAGAGAGGUUUAUAUUUGUUAAAACAAGUGGAAAUAAUAUCUGUCCAAAUGAAGAUAGUACAAGCUGUUCGUGUUUAGAAUAAGUAUUUGAUUAUGUUUACAAUAAUUGAUUUGCAUAUCUUGAUGUGCUCCCACCUCUCAAUCUGAGUUAAUCUUGAUAUUGGAAAAAUCAAUCUCUUUGGCUCAAAUUACAAUGAAAUAAAUGCCAAAUUACAGCUCUCUCCUGCAGUCCUGCAAUCUGCUCCUAUUAAUCAGUUGUAGCUCUUAAGUUUUAAAAGCUGAAAGCUACACUUCUGAUCAUUACUGUAUGUUCUCUUUCAAGAAUAUUGAGAUAUUUAAUACAGUACUAUAUCCUGAUUUCACUUCUUUUUGAGUAACUGUUUAUCUCAGGGUAAUCAUUUAUCUUAGAUAAUUUAUAUGAAAAUACUUGUUUUCAGCCAUUUGCUUAUUAAUCUUUGCUGUUUGGUUUAAUUGACCGAUCAACAUCAAGGUUUCUAUAUCAUCAAAUAAUGGUACUACAUUAGUUAAAAAUGUGCUGGCUGAAACAAAAUAGGAGAGAAACAAAUCACUGUGCCUUCAAGAUUCAGGAGAUCUGCCAGUGGAAAAAAGGUCAAAAGAAAAAUCAAACAAGGACGUACCUUGCUGAGAGUGGUGCAUAAAGUUAGACCAGGCUGUGAUUUGUCUUUGAUAAUUUUUAACAGCCUCAGUUAAAUGGGAAAAAGGAAACACAUAUUUUCUUGUGCACUUCUAAGGGUUUGGAGGCAGCACCCAUUCUUGACCAGCCUAAUGUGAGAUUAGAUGGACCUUGAUCAUUUUGGCAAUUUAGGAUUGGUCUGCAACUGUUUGGCAGGGCUGGCUUAAGACAUUUUCUUAUACAUGCUACUGAUAUGCACACCUGUCCAUAGCUCUGAUCUCCGUCAUGUCAAACCAGGGUCAGAUCUGGUGUUUGGAAAAAAGUAUACAGUACUUGCUAGUAUAUAAGGCAGCAUUUUGUUGAAAAAAAUUGCUUUGCUUUCCUCAUACAGAAAUAUAGGAGUGUAAGUUGAAAAAUAAACUAACUAUGCUUAGGAGAAGUGAAGCCCAAGUACUCAAUAACAGCUAUUAUUCAAGAUGAAUAUAUCUAUCUUCAAGCUAUUUGAGAGCCGGCAGCUAGCUAUUCCACCAUCAUUAUAGCAAGGAUCCAUCUAUAAUGAAGUUUGUGUUUUUAAAAUGCUGUCAGAGUUCUUUCAUUUCUAAUCUAUUUUGGGCAACUGGCUUGUCAGGUUGUCAGACACCUGCACAGAUUGAAAAGUAAGUGUUCAACAAGGAAUGACUAGCUGUAGACUUAUGGAACAUACUGAAACAGAAAAUAUCUAAAAUCUACAACAACACUUUAAGCCUGUUGGCAGGAUCAAUUGGCUAAAAUUGGCCAGUUCAUUUUGUCAGGUGAAAUGGCUGUGGUUGCAAAGAAGGACCUGCCUAUGCUGCUACUUUGAUAUGACAGGAAAAAAUUGGCUUGGUUUGAGCCAAGAUAAUAUCUUGUCAUCAGACAAUGAAUUCCAAAUACAGCUCAACCAAGUUUUCCUAUACAGUAGAUAUGAAAUAAAUUUCCAGAGGUUGCUGUAAUAGAGCAUUGACACACAUUCGCAUUUCUUUUAUCCUACAUUUUAGAAGACAUUUUUAAAGAAAAAAAUUAAAUAUGAAGUGAAUGUCUGGAAUGCAAAAACUUAUUGUAGGACUUGCAAAGAAUUUUAGUCCUCUAAUUUUGGAUAUGUCUUUUUAUACUUGUUUUGCUAUUUCAGCACUGCAGUAAGUAAUUAUAACUAAGUAGCAAAGGCAUGAAAUGAAUGCUAUAGACAUCAUAGCAAAUGGUGUCCUAUCUGUAAUAAUAGGUCAGGCAUGCUUUUGCAUUUGUAUUCAGUAUUGAAUAAUGUAUCAACAUGUUUUUGCUGAAAUAUUUUUAUGUAUUUGUUUAAGUAACUUUAAAGUUGGAAAAUAUAUCUCCAGGAAAAAUGGUUACUCAUAGAAAUAAUGGGUCAAUAUUACAGCUGGAAAGACAGUUGGAUGCUUAAUUGUGAUUUCAUUUUUUUUGUUAUGUUUCUUCUGUUUAUUAUUUAUAAUAAAACAUCUUAUCAAACUCAA